AUGUAUAACUUGAGCUGCUACAACCCUGGUUCCUUCAUCCUUGUUGGAAUACCUGGCCUAGAGAAGUUCCACAUCUGGAUUGGGAUUCCUUUUUGUGUCAUAUAUGUUGUGGCUAUUGUGGGCAAUUGCGUCCUCCUCUACCUCAUUGCAGUUGAGCACAGCCUCCAUGAGCCCAUGUUUUUCUUCCUCUCUAUGCUUGCAACCACUGACCUCAUCUUGUCCACUGCCACAGUGCCCAAAGUGCUCAGUAACCUCUGGCUUGGCUCCCAGGAAAUAACCUUCUCUGGUUGUCUCACCCAGAUGUUCUUCCUCCACUUCAGCUUUGUAGUGGAUUCAGCCAUCCUGUUGGCUAUGGCAUUUGAUCGCUAUGUGGCCAUCUGCUUCCCCUUGAGAUAUACCACAAUCCUGACUCCGCAGGUGAUGAUUAAGCUUGUAGUGAGCAUUGCUGUGAGGAGCUUUUCUAUCAUCCUUCCAGACAUUUUUCUGCUGAAACGGUUACCUUUCUGCGGGACACAUAUCAUCCCACACACAUACUGUGAGCAUAUAGGUGUCGCUCAGCUUUCCUCUGCUGAUAUCUCCAUCAACAUCUGGUAUGGAUUUUCUGUGCCUCUCAUGACAGUCAUAUCAGAUGUGAUUUUUAUUGCUGUCUCCUAUAGUUUCAUCCUCCAUGCUGUCUUUCAACUCUCAUCGCAGGGUGCCCGCCAAAAGGCCCUCAGCACCUGUGGCUCCCACGUCUGUGUUAUCCUCAUAUUUUACACACCGGCCUUCUUCUCCAUCCUUGCUCAUCGCUUUGGACACAGUGUCCCUCGAAACGUGCUCAUCCUGUUUGCAAACCUCUAUGUGGCCAUCCCUCCUGCUUUAAAUCCAAUUGUUUAUGGAGUGAAGACCCAGCAGAUCCAGGACAAAUUUAUCCUCCGCUGCUCUUUGAACAAGAAACAGUGA